GGAAAUUCGAUCAACUGGAACGAGAUCGCUAAGAGGGUUCCUCUUCGAAACAACAAGGACUGUCGCAAACGGUACUUGAAUGGGAUGGCUUGGAACCUCAAGAAGGGACCUUGGUCGGUGGAAGAGGAUAUUCAGCUCAAAGACCUCAUUCAACAAUACGGCACAUCCUGGGUGGAUGUUUCCCGGGCUAUGGGGACACGCAGUGCUGAUCAGUGUUCGAAGAGAUGGUAUCACUGUCUUAACCCAGAACUGGACCGACAGCCAUGGAAGAAAGACGAAAUCCGAAUUCUCAUGGACGCGUACAAAGUCCAUGGAAGCAGCUGGAAGCUGAUACAAGAGAAAUAUCUCCCUUCCAGAUCGGCCAACAACAUCCGAAACCAG